UUUCCGGAUCCCUAACCCCAUCCAAAACCCUCCUCCCCCUCAUCCUCCGCUGCCGCCUCCUCUCCGCCCUCUCCGCUGCGCCGAGCCCCUCGCCCAUGGCUGCCACCGAGGACUCCCUGCGGCGGGCCCUCGCCGAGAAGCAGACCGCCGUCGAUGCCCAGUCCGAGGCCGUCCGGGCCCUCAAGGCCCGCCCCGGCGUCUCCAAGGACGAGAUCGAUGCCGCCGUCGAGAUCCUCAAGGCCCUCAAGGUCGAGCACGGCGCCGCCGCGAAGCGACUCCAGUCCGCUGUCAGCAGCAACGGCGACGGCAGCCGCAAGGAGGCGUUCCCGCAGGCCGUCGCGAACACGCUCGAGAGGAGGCUGUUCUACAUCCCCUCCUUCAAGAUCUACCGCGGCGUCGCCGGCCUCUACGACUACGGCCCCCCUGGGUGCGCCGUCAUAUCCACCGUCCUUGCCUUUUGGCGUCAGCACUUUGUUUUGGAGGAGAAAAUGUUGGAGAUGGAUUGUCCCUGUAUCACGCCAGAGAUAGUCUUGAAGGCAUCUGGUCAUGUGGAUAAAUUCACUGACCUGUUGGUGAAGGAUGAGAAGACUGGGACUUGCUACCGCGCUGAUCACUUACUCAAGGACUAUUGCAAAGGGAAGCUCGAGAAGGACCUAACAUUGUCGCCUGAUAAGGCUGCAGAGUUCAAGCACGUCAUCUCGGUGUUGGACGAUCUUUCUGCUGCAGAGCUAGGGGCAAAGCUGAAGGAGUAUGAUAUCCGAUCGCCUGAUACUGGGAACCACAUCUCUGAUCCAUACCCCUUCAAUCUCAUGUUUCGGACUUCGAUUGGCCCAUCUGGCAUGCUUUCUGGGUAUAUGAGGCCAGAAACAGCACAGGGUAUAUUUGUGAAUUUUAACUACCUGUACUAUUACAAUGGCAACAAGCUUCCAUUUGCAGCAGCUCAGGUUGGGCAGGCAUUUAGAAACGAGAUUUCACCUCGCCAAGGUCUUUUAAGAGCCCGUGAGUUCACACUAGCUGAGAUUGAGCACUUUGUGGAUCCUGAGGACAAAUCCCACCCAAAGUUUGUUGAUGUUGCCAACCUGGAGUUUUUGAUGUUCCCUAGGGAGGAGCAACUUGCAGGGAAAUCAGCCAAGUCAAUGGUCCUUGGUGAAGCGGUUUCAAAGGGAACAAUCAACAAUGAGACACUUGGUUACUUCAUAGGACGGGUGUAUCUUUUCUUGACUCGUCUGGGAAUUGACAAAGAUAGAUUGCGCUUCAGGCAGCAUCUGCAAAAUGAGAUGGCUCACUAUGCGGCAGACUGUUGGGAUGCGGAAAUAGAAUGCUCCGAUGGCUGGAUUGAAUGUGUUGGGAUUGCUGAUAGAUCUGAUUAUGAUUUACGAGCUCAUUCGGAGAAAAGUGGUGUCCGUCUGGUUGCUAAUGAGAAGUUCUCAGAACCUAGAGAGGUGGAGAAGCUGGUUAUUUCCCCAUCAAAAAGAGAACUAGGUCUUGCAUUUAAGGGUUACCAAAGAAUGGUGGUUGAAGCAUUGGAGGCCAUGAGUGAUGAAGAAGCACUGGAAAUGAAAGAAGCUUUGGAUGAUAAAGGAGAGGUGGACUUCCAAGUCUGUACACUUGGAAAAUCUGUGCUUAUGAAGAAAAACAUGGUAUCUAUCAGUAUGGAAAGAAAGAAGGAACAUCAAAGGGUGUUUACCCCUUCUGUUAUUGAACCAUCUUUUGGUAUUGGACGAAUAAUCUACUGUCUCUUGGAGCAUUCUUUCUACACAAGCAAAUCAGAGGAUGAACAGCUGAAUGUGUUCCGCUUCCCUCCUCUAGUGGCUGCUAGCACGUCUAUAGGGAAAGCUUAUGCCAGGACGGAUAAGCUUGGUGUUGCCGCUGCGAAGCGACUCCAGUAUGCUGUCAGUGGCAACGGUGACGGCUGCAGCAAGGAGGUGUUCCGGCAGGCCGUCGUGAACACGCUCGAGAGGAGGCUCUUCUACAUUCCCUCCUUCAAGAUCUACAGCGGUGUCGCCGGCCUUUACGACUAUGGGCCUCCUGGGUGCGUCGUCAAGUCCAACGUCCUUGCCUUUUGGCACCAGCACUUUGUUUUGGAGGAGGGCAUGGUGGUGAUGAAGUGUUCCUGUGUCACGCCAGAGAUAGUCUUGAAGGCAUCUGGUCAUGUGGAUAAAUUCACUGACCUGAUGGUGAAGGAUGAGAAGACUGGGAUGUGCUAUCGUGCCGAUCACUUACUCAAAGACUAUUGCAAGGGGAAGCUCGAGAAGGACCUCACAUUAUUGCCUGAUAAGGCUGCAGAGUUCAAGCAUGUCAUCUCGGUGUUGGACGAUCUUUCUGCUGAAGAGAUAGGAGCGAAGCUGAAGGAGUAUGAUAUCAGAUCGCCUGAUACCGGGAACCACAUCUCUGAUCCAUACCCCUUCAAUCUCAUGUUUCAGACUUCGAUUGGCUCAUCUGGCAUGCUUCCUGGGUAUAUGAGGCCAGAAACAGCACAGGGUAUCUUUGUGAAUUUUGAGGAAUUGUACAAUUUCAAUUGCGAGAAGCUUCCAUUUGCAGCAGCUCAGGUUGGGCAGGCAUUUAGAAACGAGAUUUCACCUCGCCAAGGUCUUUUAAGAGUCCGUGAGUUCACACUGGCUGAGAUUGAGCACUUUGUGGAUCCUGAGGACAAAUCCCACCCAAAGUUUGUUGAUGUUGCCAACCUGGAGUUUUUGAUGUUCCCUAGGGAGGAGCAACUAGCAGGGAAAUCAGCCAAGUCAAUGGUCCUUGGUGAGACUGUUUCAAAGGGAACAAUCAACAAUGAGACACUUGGUUACUUCAUAGGACGGGUGUAUCUUUUCUUGACUCGUCUGGGAAUUGACAAAGAUAGUUUGCGCUUCAGGCAGCAUCUGCCAAAUGAGAUGGCUCACUAUGCUGCAGACUGUUGGGAUGCGGAAAUAGAAUGCUCCUAUGGCUGGAUUGAAUGUGUUGGGAUUGCUGAUAGAUCUGCUUAUGAUUUACAAGCUCAUUCGGAGAAAAGUGGUGUCCGUCUGGUUGCUAAUGGAAAGUUCUCAGAACCUAGAGAGGUGGAGAAGCUGGUUAUUACCCCAUCAAAAACAGAACUAGAUCUUGCAUUUAAGGGUAACCAAAGAAUGGUGGUUGAAGCAUUGGAGGCCAUGAGUGAAAAAGAAGCACUGAAAAUGAAAGAAGCUUUGGAUGAUAAAGGAGAGGUGGACUUCCAAGUCUAUACACUUGGAAAAUCUGUACUUUUGAAGAAAAACAUGGUAUCUAUCAGUAUGGAAAGAAAGAAGGAACAUCAAAGGGUUUUUACCCCUUCUGUUAUUGAACCAUCUUUUGGUAUUGGACGAAUAAUCUACUGUCUCUUUGAGCAUUCUUUCUACACAAGACCAAGCCAAUCAGAGGAUGAACAGCUGAAUGUGUUCUGCUUCGCUCCUCUAGUGGCUCCUAUUAAGUGCACCGUUUUCCCAUUAAUCAAGUCUCAGCAGUUUGAUAAAGUGGCCAAACUCCUAGAUGAAUCACUAACGGCGGCUGGGAUCUCACAUAUAUUAGAUGCUACAGGCACGUCUAUAGGGAAACGUUAUGCCAGGACGGAUGAGCUUGGUGUCCCCUUUGCCAUAACUGUGGAUUCGACUACUAGUGUGACCAUACGUGAGAGGGACAGCAAGGAACAGAUCCGUGUAAGCAUUGAGGAGGUAGUCUCAGUUGUGAAAGCACUCACGGAUGGGCAAACGACAUGGGCAGAUGUGCUGCGGAGAUAACCCAACCCACAUUGCUAGGCAUGCUGAUGAGUUGUGAAGCGGCUUCUGACGGAUGAAGUGAUGAAAGCAAUCUCUUAUCUUGCUGGAUUUUCAAACUAGUGGAACUUACUAGGCUAUAAUUGUCAAGUUACCCGGGAAAAAGAUUCGCAAACAUUUUUGUCACAAAUUGCACUAAAUCAUUUUUGUCUAAUCACAAGUUUGAAAAGAUUCGUAAAGUGUUGAUAAUAUUAUUGCUUGAGGAGUGGACGGUGCGUCUCCCAGCAAUAUAUACAACUGCAAAGAACACAAGCAAAAGGUGCUCAAGCUUAUAAACAACAAAACUAAUGUUUCAAUUAAUACUAUACAAUGUUAUGCUAA